AUGUCGAAAAGAUUCUACUAUCCCGAACAGCAAGGUGAAAGAAAGAAGGCUAAACUCGAUGUUAGCAUAUCUGAUCACAACUUUCCUCUAAGUCAAAAUAAUGAACUCAACAGAGAAACUGAAGAUAACAAUUGGGGUGAUGAAAACGACGAUGAAAUCCUACUUCUUGCGAGCCAGGCUUGUGAAGAAGCAUACGGCAACAAUGACAUAAGUCACUUACCAGACUACAGUAUGUGUAUGCAACCAGGAUCCACAAGUACCCAGUUAAAUCCACAACCAAGCACAUCUAAGUCUGAAUUUACAUUCAAAAAACCUUCAUUCAACUCACCAUUAGCUGUAUCAACUCAUUUAAAAGAGAAAUGCAAUAGGAUAUCUUCACCAUUGCCAGGAAUAACUUCUAAAGUCAUUUCUAAAACAAAUGAGUACAAUAAUUCAUCCAAGUACUGUUCCUACAACGAUAGAGUCCUUCAGAGUCAUGAUACUGACUACAUUAGCAAGCAAUUGCUACAAUUACAGGAAGAAAACUCUAAAUUAAAGUCAGAAAAUGGUAAAUUGUUAGACAAAUGUGUGACUAAAGAAGGUGAGGCAUCUAUAUUAAGAACACAGUUGAAAUCAUGUCAGUCUGCAGUUGACAACGCAAGGUUGGAGAAGAUAAAAGCUCAAGAGAAGGUCCAGAUAGAGUAUAAUGAAAAAUUAACUGCUGCAAACAGCCAGAUUCAUGAUUUAAAGACCCAGUUGGAUUUUAAGAAUCUAGAAAUAAUAAGUGUUAAAGAAAAAUGCAAGAAAUUGGAAUCAACAAAAGUAAAAUUGACACAAGUGACCGUUGGCAACAAUGAUAUAUCUCAAAGGUACAAUAACAAUACAAUUCUGAAUGAUUCAUCAGUAAGUUCAAAUAAAAGGUUCAAAACAACAUCAAGUUGUGUGCAAACUGAAGACAAAAUACAUUUUAUGAAACUUUAUAAGAGAUGCAGUGAUGGUAACGAAUCUACAAACCUCAAUAUGAUCCUGUCAUAUAUACUAGAACCAUCUGUAAACCAACAACAUUCAAUAUUAGACUACCAUGAAAAGCUUCAGAGAAGUACAGAUUUAUCUCAAAACAAAUGUAGGAUAUACAGUACAUUUCAUCGUGUUCCGUCAACUCCUGUACCCAAGGAAACCAGAAGUAAAGUGGUUAUGCGCAGUGUGUAUGAAGAUAUAACUGCAGUGGCUUGUGGAAAUUGUGAUAGGUUGGAGGAGAGAUAUUUUAAUAUUUUUAAUUGUAUAAAAUCUAUUCUUAAUGAGACUGUACUGAAGUUGGAGACGGUCUGCCAACGUGUCACAACUUCAUUUCAGAAAGAAAUGGAUGAAAAGUAUAUCGAAGCCACUUCCAGUUAUGUACAUGUUAGCAGAGAGGAAUUACUUAAAGGCAGAUCAUUGUAUAAAGAAGAACAAGACAUACUAUCAAGAAGAAUGGUUGCCACCCUGGGCUAUAUUGUAGAAACUUCUAGAGGAAUGGAUUGGUUCCUCAAAUAUGAAGCCGGUAGCCCACCACAUAUUAUUGACAUUAUCAAUAGGAUAUGCACUUUAUUGGACAAUUCUUCAUGUGCAAGUCUCUACAGCGGCCUACUCUUAUCGAUAACAACAUUCUCUACUUUCAUAACUUCUCUUAAUCAGGCUAAAGUGAUAGAUAUGAUCAAAACAAUAUUGAUAUCACGACCCAUGCCUUUUGUCGUGACUCACUCACUGUACGUGGUGACUCAGGUGUCGACAUGGGAUGCUUUUAAGAAAGCAUUUUGUCCGGAGAACGGGUCGGGGAACUUGAAGACUGAUUAUGACCAGGGAGUACUGCUAUAUAAGAAAGAUUCAUGUUAUAUACAAGUUCUUCUGAAACAAGUAGAGUCAUGUUUGAAAUGUAUAGAGAAGCAGCAAAUGGUGGAGAAAGUUGUCGAAGUCACACAAAAUCUCAUCAUUCUACAUAGCAAUUUAAGUGACAGUGGAACUUUGGCAAGAGAGAAUUCAAGAUGUGAUUGUCAGCUUGUACUGGUACAAGUAUUAGUUUAUGCUCUUCGUAUUUGCGCUGUGAUGUUACACAGCUUUAGAAAUAGUUCUAUUGUUUCAGAGAAUGGUGCAGGCUUGCCUGAGCACUCGGAGCUGGUGUCGGCGUGUCGGUGCGGCGCGCAGGCGGUGUGCCAGCGCGCGCUGCGCCACGUCGAGCUCGGCUCGCUGCUGGCGCACUGCGAGGGACAUCUCCUCCAUCUGUGCCACCUCCUGGCGGACCUGCCGCAUACUGAACUUUACAGUAAUAUGCUCUCUGAACUGUCGGGGGCAUUAUUAUCAUCUGAAGAUAUGCCGUCAUCAUUCCAUAGACAACCGUGGGUAAAAAGUUUUGCGUCCUUCUCUCUGGCCGAUUAA